AUGUUCUUACACAUCCUCAUGAGCAGUCUUCAUGUUAUACACAUCCUCAUGAUCAGUCUUCUGUUUCUACACAUCCUCAUGAUCAGUCUUCAUGUUCUACACAUCCUCAUGAUCAGGCUUCAUGUUUUACAUAUCCUCAUGAUCAGUCUUUCAUGUUCUACACAUCCUCAUGAUCAGUCUUCAUGUUCUACACAUCCUCAUGAUCAGUCUUCAUGUUCUACUACACAUCCUCAUGAUCAGUCUUCAUGUUUCUACACAUCCUCAUGAUCAGUCUCAUGUUUCUACACAUCUCAUGAUCAGUCUUCAUGUUUUACAUAUCCUCAUGAUCAGUCUUCAUGUUCUACACAUCCUCAUGAUCAGUAUUCAUGUUCUACACAUCCUCAUGAUCAGUCUUCAUGUUCUACACAUCCUCAUGAUCAGUCUUCAUGUUCUACACAUCCUCAUGAUCAGUCUUCAUGUUCUACACAUCCUCAUGAUCAGUCUUCAUGUUCUACACAUCCUCAUGAUCAGUCUUCAUGUUCUACACAUCCUCAUGAUCAGGCUUCAUGUUUUACAUAUCCUCAUGAUCAGUCUUCAUGUUCUACACAUCCUCAUGAUCAGUCUUCAUGUUCUAACACAUCCUCAUGAUCAGUCUUCAUGUUCUACACAUCCUCAUGAUCAGUCUUCAUGUUCUACACAUCCUCAUGAUCAGUCUUCAUGUUCUACACAUCCUCAUGAUCAGUCUUCAUGUUUCUACACAUCCUCAUGAUCAGUCUUCAUGUUUUACAUAUCCUCAUGAUCAGUCUUCAUGUUCUACACAUCCUCAUGAUCAGUCUUCAUGUUCUACACAUCCUCAUGAUCAGUCUUCAUGUUCUACACAUCCUCAUGAUCAGUCUUCAUGUUCUACACAUCCUCAUGAUCAGUCUUCAUGUUUUACAUAUCCUCAUGAUCAGUCUUCAUGUUUUACAUAUCCUCAUGAUCAGUCUUCAUGUUCUACACAUCCUCAUGAUCAGUCUUCAUGUUUUACAUAUCCUCAUGAUCAGGUCUUCAUGUUCUACACAUCCUCAUGAUCAGUCUUCAUGUUCUACACAUCCUCAUGAUCAGUCUUCAUGUUCUUACACAUCCUCAUGAUCAGUCUUCAUGUUCUUACACAUCCUCAAUGAUCAGUCUUCAUGUUCUACACAUCCUCAUGAUCAGUCUUCAUGUUCUACACAUCCUCAUGAUCAGUCUUCAUGUUCUACCACAUCCUCAUGAUCAGUCUUCAUGUUCUACACAUCCUCAUGAUCAGUCUUCAUGUUCUACACAUCCUCAUGAUCAGGCUUCAUGUUCUACACAUCCUCAUGAUCAGUCUUCAUGUUCUACACAUCCUCAUGAUCAGUCUAGUACAUCUCAUGAUCAGUCUUCAUGUUCUACACAUCCUCAUGAUCAGUCUUCAUGUUCUACACAUCCUCAUGAUCAGUCUUCAUGUUCUACACAUCCUCAUGAUCAGUCUUCAUGUUCUACACAUCCUCAUGAUCAGUCUUCAUGUUUUACACAUCCUCAUGAUCAGUCUUCAUGUUCUACACAUCCUCAUGAUCAGUCUUCAUGUUUCUACACAUCCUCAUGAUCAGUCUUCAUGUUCUACACAUCCUCAUGAUCAGUCUUCAUGUUCUACACAUCCUCAUGAUCAGUCUUCAUGUUCUACACGUCCUCAUGAUCAGUCUUCAUGUUCUACACAUCCUCAUGAUCCGUCUUCAUGUUCUACACAUCCUCAUGAUCAGUCUUCAUGUUCUACACAUCCUCAUGAUCAGUCUUCAUGUUCUACACAUCCUCAUGAUCAGUCUUCAUGUUCUACACAUCCUCAUGAUCAGUCUUCAUGUUUUACACAUCCUCAUGAUCAGUCUCAUGUUCUACACAUCCUCAUGAUCAGUCUUCAUGUUCUACACAUCCUCAUGAUCAGUCUUCAUGUUCUACACAUCCUCAUGAUCAGUCUUCAUGUUUUACACAUCCUCAUGAUCAGUCUUCAUGUUUUACACAUCCUCAUGAUCAGUCUUCAUGUUCUACACAUCCUCAUGAUCAGUCUUCAUGUUCUACACAUCCUCAUGAUCAGUCUUCAUGUUCUACACAUCCUCAUGAUCAGUCUUCAUGUUUUACACAUCCUCAUGAUCAGUCUUCAUGUUCUACACAUCCUCAUGAUCAGUCUUCAUGUUCUACACAUCCUCAUGAUCAGUCUUCAUGUUCUACACAUCCUCAUGAUCAGUCUUCAUGUUCUACACAUCCUCAUGAUCAGGCUUCAUGUUCUACACAUCCUCAUGAUCAGGCUUCAUGUUCUACACAUCCUCAUGAUCAGUCUUCAUGUUCUACACAUCCUCAUGAUCAGUCUUCAUGUUCUACACAUCCUCAUGAUCAGUCUUCAUGUUCUACACAUCCUCAUGAUCAGUCUUCAUGUUUUACACAUCCUCAUGAUCAGUCUUCAUGUUCUACACAUCCUCAUGAUCAGUCUUCAUGUUCUACACAUCCUCAUGAUCAGUCUUCAUGUUCUACACAUCCUCAUGAUCAGUCUUCAUGUUUUACACAUCCUCAUGAUCAGUCUUCAUGUUUUACACAUCCUCAUGAUCAGUCUUCAUGUUCUACACAUCCUCAUGAUCAGUCUUCAUGUUCUACACAUCCUCAUGAUCAGUCUUCAUGUUCUACACAUCCUCAUGAUCAGUCUUCAUGUUCUACACAUCCUCAUGAUCAGUCUUCAUGUUUUACACAUCCUCAUGAUCAGUCUUCAUGUUCUACACAUCCUCAUGAUCAGUCUUCAUGUUCUACACAUCCUCAUGAUCAGUCUUCAUGUUCUACACAUCCUCAUGAUCAGUCUUCAUGUUCUACACAUCCUCAUGAUCAGUCUUCAUGUUCUAACACAUCCUCAUGAUCAGGCUUCAUGUUCUACACAUCCUCAUGAUCAGGCUUCAUGUUCUACACAUCCUCAUGAUCAGUCUUCAUGUUCUACACAUCCUCAUGAUCAGUCUUCAUGUUCUACACAUCCUCAUGAUCAGUCUUCAUGUUUUACAUAUCCUCAUGAUCAGUCUUCAUGUUCUACACAUCCUCAUGAUCAGUCUUCAUGUUCUACACAUCCUCAUGAUCAGUCUUCAUGUUCUACACAUCCUCAUGAUCAGUCUUCAUGUUCUACACAUCCUCAUGAUCAGUCUUCAUGUUCUACACAUCCUCAUGAUCAGGCUUCAUGUUCUACACAUCCUCAUGAUCAGUCUUCAUGUUCUACACAUCCUCAUGAUCAGGCUUCAUGUUUUACAUAUCCUCAUGAUCAGUCUUCAUGUUCUACACAUCCUCAUGAUCAGUCUUCAUGUUCUACACAUCCUCAUGAUCAGUCUUCAUGUUCUACACAUCCUCAUGAUCAGUCUUCAUGUUCUACACAUCCUCAUGAUCAGUCUUCAUGUUCUACACAUCCUCAUGAUCAGUCUUCAUGUUUUACAUAUCCUCAUGAUCAGUCUUCAUGUUCUACACAUCCUCAUGAUCAGUCUUCAUGUUCUACACAUCCUCAUGAUCAGUCUUCAUGUUCUACACAUCCUCAUGAUCAGUCUUCAUGUUCUACACAUCCUCAUGAUCAGUCUUCAUGUUCUACACAUCCUCAUGAUCAGUCUUCAUGUUUUACACAUCCUCAUGAUCAGUCUUCAUGUUUUACAUAUCCUCAUGAUCAGUCUUCAUGUUCUACACAUCCUCAUGAUCAGUCUUCAUGUUUUACAUAUCCUCAUGAUCAGUCUUCAUGUUCUACACAUCCUCAUGAUCAGUCUUCAUGUUCUACACAUCCUCAUGAUCAGUCUUCAUGUUCUACACAUCCUCAUGAUCAGUCUUCAUGUUCUACACAUCCUCAUGAUCAGUCUUCAUGUUUUACACAUCCUCAUGAUCAGUCUUCAUGUUCUACACAUCCUCAUGAUCAGUCUUCAUGUUCUACACAUCCUCAUGAUCAGUCUUCAUGUUCUACACAUCCUCAUGAUCAGGCUUCAUGUUCUACACAUCCUCAUGAUCAGUCUUCAUGUUCUACACAUCCUCAUGAUCAGUCUUCAUGUUUUACACAUCCUCAUGAUCAGUCUUCAUGUUCUACACAUCCUCAUGAUCAGUCUUCAUGUUCUACACAUCCUCAUGAUCAGUCUUCAUGUUCUACACAUCCUCAUGAUCAGUCUUCAUGUUCUACACAUCCUCAUGAUCAGUCUUCAUGUUCUACACAUCCUCAUGAUCAGUCUUCAU